AUGUUCUCAGAAUAUGCCUCGCGCUUCCUGGCGCAAUCUCAGAGCCGUCUGUCCUUCACACAGCACGAGCCGGAUCCACGCUCUCGAAAUCCACUCGACCGUAGGCGUCAACCUGCGACGUCUUCUCGCUACGUCCAGCGUGCCUCAAUGCCGACUCCCUACCAACCCUCCGCCUCAUAUCUAUCUCGCUUUCCAUUCGCUUCAAGACCACGAAAUGAGACGGAGAUGCCGUUGUUCAGUCCCGCAGAGGGUUUCGAUCAGGAAGACGAAGAGACACAGCAUGAGCGUGACAUGGCCGAUUACCUGGCAUUACAAAAGUCUCGUCGCAACUUCAUCCCUAGCCACCUCAACGACUCGUCCGAGAUCGAGGACCACAACCUCGAAUCCUCGAAUCUCGCUUCACGAGAAAGUCUUUCGGCUUCAAGACCGAGGUCGGCCAUGGUAGACGUCGAGCUUGCUUCUACCGACAACGACGAUGGAUAUUCGGAUUUCGACAGCAUCGACAGAGAGCUUGAUGCUCGCCCUCCAGCUUUUCAAAUGUUUCAACCCGCUGUACCUCCCCCACAUUCCACCUUCUUGCCACAACAAACAGAUCCAGAGAUAGCUUUUGCUCAUCCGAGGCCCCCCAGUCCGGACGGGGAUAGUGUGCCGCCGACUGUGAUCCUCCCGGCCCCUGAGCCACCACGACAUGAUCUGUUUUGGGCCCAGCUGUACAAGAUUUGUGUCUUUGCCAUGUUCGCAACCUUCAUAUUGGUCUGGUUCCAUACUUCGACGCCGAACUCCAAGAGACCUUUGGGCGACACCAUCUAUUCUACCCUGACAUCCUCCAUCAAUCUUCUGCUCUGGGAUACAGUCAUCACUGUCAUUGUUGCAAUGCUUUGGCUGGCUCUGCUCCGCGAGUACGUGAGGGUGCUUGUCUUCCUCAUGCUCGUUUCGGUUCCUGUCAUUCUGUUCUCCUUCUCGCUAUAUCCAUUUAUAUCGAGCUACAAGGGAGCUUGGCAUGGAAACAGUGUCCAGGACAAAGUCAUGCGUUGGUUUUCCUUCGUCCCAACAGUCAUUGCAUGUGUCUGGGUCUAUUCGGUCUACAAGGGACGCCACUCGCUGGGAAAAGCAAUCGGCAUCCUUGAAUUUGCAUGUCGCAUCGUUACCGCAUCGCCGAGUCUGACAUUGCUAGGAUUUGGUACACUUGGCGUGGUAGUUUGCUUCACUUGGAUCUGGAUGGGUAUGUUCACGCGACUAUUCUUAGGUGGCCACAUGUCGAAACUUCAGACCUUCAUCAUCGAUCUUAACACGUGGUGGUUGGGCUUCUUCUUCGCCAUGAUCUACCUUUGGACAUUGGGUGUCAUUGCAGGUGUACAAAGGGCCACGACUGCUGCCACCGUCUCACAGUGGUACUUUCAUCGGCUGAGUGUACCUGCACCAUCCUCAACAACGGUUGUGCGCGCCUCGUUCAUGCAUGCAGCUGGUCCGAUGCUCGGAACGAUUUGCCUGUCGACUUUCCUAUCGCUGCUCAUUCGCUUGCCACUGAUCAUCCUUCCUCGACGCAUCGCUAGCCUGGUCACACUUUGCGCUUUUUCCAUGGUCCCAACUUCGCUCGCUGCUCUCACCAAUCCGCUGACCCUCACAUAUGCCGCCAUCCACUCACAAUCCCUCAGCAUCAGUGCCAGGGGAUUAUCUCAGCUACACUUUGUGUCCAACACAUCGCCUACGACGACUCUCAACCCUUCUGUCUUCGCCAAUCACCCAGGCUCUGGAGGUACAAUGAUGCCGUACCGCCUGGCCAAGCUUCUUUUACACGCGACUCGAUUUAUCAUGUCUUUCGCACUGGGCUUCGGCGGGUGGGUGUCGACUGCACGUAAUGUUCAACUAGCGGGCGGUGGCUUCAAGGGCAGUCUCUAUGCCUACAUCGUCGGUCUGAUAGCAGCUACAAUCGGAUGGGCUGUCUUGGGAGCCAUCGAAGGAGUCAUUGGCGGUGUCGUCGACGCAGGUGUGGUCUGCUGGGCUAGUGAGACUGGCGGCAGAGGUGGAGCAAGCGAGGCGAAAUACUGCCGUGAGGCGGGCGAGCUCUUUGGUGAGGGAGAUUAUUAG